GCAAGUCCUGGAAGGCUCUGAGCCUCUCGCAGAAGCGUCCUUACGUGGAGGAGGCUGAGCGGCUGCGGGUGAAGCACAUGCAAGAUUAUCCCAACUACAAAUACCGACCCCGGCGGAAGAAGCAGGUCAAGCGGAUCUGCAAGCGGGUGGACCCUGGGUUUUUACUGGGCAGCCUGACACGGGACCAAAAUGUGGUGCCGGAGAAGAGGACCUGCAGCCGGGUCGGGGGGGACAAAGAGGGGCAGGGUGAGUACCCCCCUCGCCCGGGACUGCCGGCCAGCCGGGGAUAUCGGGAGGCCCCUGGCAGCAGCAGUAGCACCAGCGUGGACACCUACCCCUACGGGCUGCCCACCCCACCAGAGAUGUCUCCACUGGACGCCAUAGACCCCGAGCAGAGCUUCUUCUCCUCGCCGUGCCCCGAUGAGCAUCACUGCUCCCACCUCACCGGAGCCACCUACUCCCCGGAGUACACGGGCAGCUCCCUCCCAUGCAACCACCCCCCUCUCAGCCCCAUGCCACAGCCAGCCACCUGCAUGAUCCCCCCGGCCUCCAGCUGUCCUCCCCUUCCUCCUCCUCCUCCUCCCAGCUACUACACGCCCGCCUUCCCCUCCCUGCACCCCCCCAGCCUCCAUGCCCACCUGGGCCAGCUCUCCCCACCACCUGACCACCAUGGUUUUGACACCUUGGACCAGCUGAGCCAAGCUGAGCUCCUAGGGGAGAUGGACCGUAAUGAGUUUGACCAGUAUCUCAACAAUCCUGGCCAUAGUGACCAUCAUGGCGGGGUCUUGGUCAACGGACACAUCCCACCGUCUAGCAGCUCCCACGCCUCCGAGACCAGCCUCAUCUCUGUCCUCGCCGAUGCCACGGCCACCUACUACAAUAACUACAGUGUCUCCUAG